AAAAAUGAAGGAAUUUUCAUGUUUUCGAUAAUAAGUUAAUUGCAAGUCAUAAGUCGAUGCAUAUGCAGCGAGGCUAUCUUGUAAUUUUAUUUAAUACAAUAAUUCCGAAGUGUUUUUUGCUCAAAUUACAAUUUUGAGGAAGGCCAAACAUUUUAAGCCAAAGUAAGAGUACUUGUUUAGGGCUAGGUAAAUUUAAAAAUAAAAUGCCAGUAUCUCAUCAAAACGCCCUCCGGGAAGACGGUAAAUCAAACCUGAAUGUUGGUGGAACUUCUAAUAAUAAUGACAUGUCAGACGGUAUGGCUUCAGGAACAACAUCAGCAGCUCUUGUAUAUAAACUCUGUAGUCAUAUAAUUGGUUUGUCAUCAGAUGUUUUAACACCAUCAUAUCAACUUGCCUUGAGAACACUUAGUUGCAUUUCAACAGCAGCUAUAGAAAGCGAUGAAUUUGAAGUCAGUGAGAAGAUCAAGAAAAGAUUGGUUAAAGAAAAAAAGGAAGAAGAUGCAGUGAGAUUUGCAGAACUUCAUCAGAAGCUUAAAGGCAGUAUUGUGCUGAAGAAUCGUUGGGCAGUUUUGUGUUUCCUGUAUAAUCUGACAGGUUUAAGUAACAAGUAUCAGACUAAGAAUGGGCCACAUGGGUUUUGUUUUGCCAAAUUCACAAUGACUUCACCAUUGCGAAAUGUGGGCUUUACUAACACCUCCAAAAGUUAUAGUAAUCAACAAUCACGAGCUGUUUCCACAGGUAAAAGUUUAUGUACAAGAACAGGUUCAGAGAAGAUGGUCUUUACCUCUCUUCCAUCAUCCUAUCAACUCACCCAUUCUGGUGGUUCUGUUGAUCAGGGCCAUGGUAACUUGACAGACAGUGGAAAUGGGAGUGUCUGUUCCAAUUCAAGCAGCAGUCGAGUUGCGCAUAUGGCAGCUUUAUUCUCAGAUAGAGAGAAGCUAGAAGGAAUUCUUGUGCCGGUAACAACAAAAAAAGUUAUAAGUUCACAAGUACAAAAACAAGGAUCUAGAACUUCAAAUGAACUGGGUGUUCCUUUGUUACCUGAAAGUAUUCUUCUGAGAGAAGUACUUUUUGCUUUCCAAGGCAUUGAUGGGAAGUUCAUAAAAAUGCAACCAGGAAAAGACAAAUUUCAUAUUGAUAGCAAGGCAGGAAUAUGUGGACAAGUAAGACGACAACUCUUAAGACUCACAGAAUUAGGUUGGAUGUACAACAAAGUUGACAAGUUCUGUGAAAGUCAGAGCUAUAAUAAAACUUUAGGUCUAGUAGGACAGAGCUUUGUGGCAGCCCUUCAGGAGGAACUAAGUGAAUACUACAGACUGCUAGCAGUUCUAGAAUCACAGCUGCAUAAUGAUGUGAGUACAGAAGGAACAUAUGUAAGUACUCGAUCUGGGUCUUUAACCCUUCACCAGUUAGUCGUGUGGACAUUAGACCCAUUUGUCAGGAUGAAACAGCUGGCUGCAUUAAUUGACUCUUGUCAUGGUCAAAAGGGAGGAGCCCUAGCCUCAACACUAUAUUCGUACCUACAUCAUGCUGACCCUAGUAUCCAUGGGCUAGUUAGACACGUGUUGUCAGUCGUUGUGCAACCUAUUUACAAAAUGCUGAGUCAUUGGAUUUUUAGUGGUGAACUAGAAGACAUGUAUCAUGAGUUCUUUGUAGCAGUGAACCCAUCUGUUCCCAACACAAGCCUGUGGCAUGAAAAAUAUAGCUUAAGAAAGACUAUGGUACCAUCUUUCCUUAGUCUGAGUCAAGCCAAAAAGGUGCUGUGUACAGGAAAAGCUAUCAACUUCCUUCGGAUGGUGUGCCAUGAUCACACUUCAGUCCGACCCAGGGAUGAACAAACUGUAAGAGCUGAUGCUUCAACAGUAGAGUCAUUGUUCAAUCAAGAUCAAGACAGUGACUUCCAGAGACUCUUAGAGGCCAUCUAUAAGGAAACUAGUUGUCAUGUUCUCAAGUCUAUGUUUGCUCACUACAAGUUCACUGAUCAUUUACUUGCUAUGAGAAGAUAUCUACUUUUAGGGCAAGGAGAUUUUAUUCGUCAUUUGAUGGAUCUUUUACAUGAGGAACUACCAAAAUCAGCCAACAUGCUCUACCUCCACAACCUAUCUGGUAUACUUGAAAGUGCUAUACGUGCCACAAAUGCUCAGUUUGACAGUCCUGACAUUCUUCAGCGUUUAGAUGUACGACUACUGGAGGCUUCUGUAGGAGACAGUGGGUGGGAUGUGUUCAGCUUGGAUUACCAUGUGGAUGGUCCUAUAGGCACUGUUUUUACUCCUCAGUGUAUGAAUGCUUAUCUUCGCCUUUUCAAUGCCCUAUGGAGGUCAAAACGAAUGGAAUACAUACUUUCUGGAAUGUGGCAGGCUCAAAUGACUUACUCUCGUCUCUUGAGAACUCUACCUGGGGUACUUCCUAUUUUGCACUACUGUCACUUCAUCCUCUCUGAGAUGGUUCAUUUUGUUCAACAAGUACAGUACUACAUUACUUUUGAGGUAAUGGAAUGUUCCUGGGCUGAGCUACAACAAAAAGUUGUAUCUGCAGAUGACUUGGAUCAGCUUAUUGCUGCCCAUGAAGCAUUUUUAGAUUGUAUAAUUACAAGGGCAUUAUUAGAUGAGCAAUCAAAGGAUGUAAUGACACAGUUAUGUGCUAUCUAUGAUUUAAUAAGCAAGUUUCAGGAUAUCCAGACUGAGUUCUGGCAGCAGGGUUUGGAUGAGAUUGCAGCUAAUAAAGCCUUAGAGUCUCAAGUUAAUGCAAAAACUGAAAUGGGAAAGUGGGGAGUUACAGAAGCAGAACUUGAAGUAAGAAGGCAAAAACAGCUUGAAUUUAAGAAGAAAACUGUACCUACAACCAAAGCACAGCUGUGUGUCUUAGCCAGUUCUUAUCAGGAUAUGGUACAGAAGUUUUUAUUGAUGAUUGCUGACCACACUGAUCCAAAUCUUCGCUUUCUCAGCUUCCGCUUGGACUUCAAUGAACAUUAUAAAAGCCGUAAUUCAAGACUCCAGACUUCAUUUACUUACCAGCAUAGACGACGAUAUGUUAAAUAGCUUUCUUUUUAGACUUUAUACACUACAAUGCAGAAUUAACAUAACGUUGAUCAAUGUUGUAUUCCUGGUGGCUUGCAAGAAACCAUUAUAGGAAUUAUUAUUACAUGUGCUUAUGUUUAAUUGGUUGCUUGAACUUUUAAAAAACUAUUCUUGUCUGAGAAUUACAUUCUGUUUCAUGUAUUAUCUCUCAUCUUCACUGCUGUCAGACUUAAACUGCAGUAUCAUUGAAAAUUCAGAAACUAUAAAAUUUUAUAUUUCUUUGAAAACGUAAUUUAACUCCAUGAAGUAUGUUAUUAAUAAUUUGAUCAAGUGGACAUUUUUUUGUGGUGUACUUGUAUUUUUUUAAUAUAUACGUUUGUAACUCUGCUGUUUUUACAUUCCACAUUAAUAAAGAAAUUCAAGUGUGAACAAUUUGCUAAACCUAUGCAUAAAAACUAAACUAAAAUACAGUUGUGAUUACCACAGUAAAAACAUGAGGGAUUUUGUUCUCUGUAUAUUCUGUUGGGAAUAAUGUUUUGAGAUAAUAUUGUCUUGCUGAACAUUUGAUGUUGUGAAUCAAGUGUGAACAAUUUGCUAAACCUAUGCAUAAAAACUAAACUAAAAUACAGUUGUGAUUACCACAGUAAACACAUGAGGGAUUUUGUUCUCUGUAUAUUCUGUUGGAGCACUGUAAUAAUGUUUUGAGAUAAUAUUGUCUUGCUGAACAUUUGCUGUUGUGAAUUGUUUAUCCAUUGUCUUCUCUUUUUAUAUUUAUCAGCUGUCAAGAAUUAAUUUGUGCUACAGUAUAUACCUGCUGAUAUUUUAAACAGCAGUUUAAUUACAUUCAGAAAAUCAAACUUUAAUGUCAGUAUACAGUUACAUAAAACAGGUGAAACUACUGGAAUGUUUUAAAUCAGUUAUAGCAAGGAUAAUUUUACAAUCACACAAAAUAGGCCAGUGGUGUGUUGCAUAUAAAGUUUUACAAUUACAUUUAAAAGUCAAUGGUGUGAUAUACCUUGAGAAGUUUAUUACAAUUAACUGAAAGAACCAUUGGUGUGUUAUAGCAAGGAGAGUGUUAUAAUUACCUUGGAAUGCUGUGACAUAUCGUAAUUCUGUAAUUUUGAUCAGUACAAAACAGUUUUACAUUGUUAAGUGUCAAUAGUGUCCAAUAAGUGAUAUUAGUGUUAUUUUUUAUAUUUAUGUUUAAAAUAUCUUCAUUAGUCCUGUUUUUGUGUA